CGAGCCAGACUGCGACGGUGCUGUCCCAGCACGGCGCUGGUCGCCCUGCUUGGCCGAGUUGCGACGUCGCCCUGCUAUAAUUCACGGGCGAUAUCUAAUUAUGACUGCAUAGCUCCUGCUCUUGCCCGACGACGACGCCAACGAUGACCGCUGUAAUGCAGCCUAGCUCGAGCCCGUUCAUGUCCCCCGCCUUCCGUCCGGGCCACGGCAUCCUCCUCAACCCAUCCCCGAGGACGACGGCCUUUCCCCUCCCGACGCCGACACCGACGCCGCUCCCCCACCCGGCGUCGUACACAUCGCUCUCCUCCUCGUCGUCGUCAGCGGCGACGGACGAAGAUGCCCUCUACUCCUCUUCGACCGACGUCGACGCCCACCCAGCGCGCACCCACCGCUCGCGCUCGCUUCCCGCCCCCCACUCUGCGCCAGCACGCAAGAUCCGCUUCGCCCCCCUCCCCGACCCCCGCCGUGCAGUCUUUGUCACUGACGGCGGCGACGAGCUUCCUAUCCCCCUCUCCGACGAUGACGGCAUGAUCGUCUCGUCUGCCGCCAGCGUCAGCGGCGACAGCAAUAACACCAAAAAAUUCACUAUUGGUAUGGACUCGCGCUCGCCGUCGGUGUCUCCCCAAGUACAUGCGAGUACAAACUCUGAUUGGGAGCUCGUCGACUCGCCGAGGAUUAAUUCGUACAAGCUCCCGCCGCCUGCGCUAGCGCCCGAGUCUCACCCCCCGUCGUUGGCGUCCUCUAUCUCGUCUCAUGCCAACUACGAAUACACCACUUCCCCCGCCCCUUCUAUGCCCUCGUCCCCAACGAACGCUUCGUGCUUCCCGGGUGCAUUACCGAGUAGCGGGAAGAGGGGCCUGACGAGCAAGCUGCUGCGUCCUUUCACGAUCAGCAAGAAGCCGUCGCUGAGCUUCUCGAAUACGAGCACCGAGAGCGUUGGCCUCCCGAGGCAACACAAUCCACGCAAUCAGCCUACUCCACCGCUUCCGCGUCGACCAUCGGUCCCUCCUCAUUCACCUUCGGCGGCUCUCUCGCACGUUCCCAGUCACUGA